GCUCUUUCCUCCGGAGGGAGGCGGCACCCAGUCUUGGAGGACCACCUAUGUUUGAGACCCCACUGGGUUUUCCUGGCUGAGGAGUUGGAGAUUUGGGGGCGGGAUGAGAAUAAGUGGGUCCGCUAAAGGACGGAAUACCCCAGACCGGGUAUCCGUCAAGUCCAGAUGAUGACAGAGGCCGGACUGGACCUCCAGGUCAGGCUGCCCCGGCACACCCCGGGCCACUUACCUUGAAGUGUCCUUAAGGGAUAGCUAAGUGAGCAGGAACCAAUAUGUCAGGGUGGGAGUCUUAUUACAAAAACCAGGGUGAUGAAGAAGAAGAAGAACAAGAGGAGGGCCUUGAAGCAGGUUUAGGAGAUUAUAAAUAUUCAGGAAGAGAUAGUUUGAUCUUUUUGGUUGAUGCUUCUAGGGCCAUGUUUGACUCUCAGGGUGAAGAUGAGUUGACUCCUUUUGACAUGAGCAUCCAGUGUAUCCAGAGUGUGUACACCAAUAAGAUCAUAAGCAGUGAUCGAGAUCUUUUGGCGGUGGUGUUCUAUGGUACCAAGAAGGACAAAAAUUCAGUGAAUUUCAAAAAUAUUUACGUCUUACAGGAAUUGGAUAGUCCAGGUGCUAAACGAGUCCUUGAGCUUGACCAGUUUAAGGGGCCGAAGGGGAAGAAGCAUUUCCAAGACUUAAUUGGCCAUGGAUCUGACUACUCACUGAGUGAAGUGCUGUGGGUCUGUGCCAACCUCUUCAGCAAUGUCCAGUUCAAGAUGAGCUAUAAGAGGAUCAUGCUGUUCACCAAUGAAGACGACCCCCACGGAGGUGACAGUGCCAAAGCCAGCCGGGCCAGGACCAAAGCCGGGGAUCUCCGUGACACAGGUAUCUUCCUUGACUUGAUGCACCUAAAGAAACGUGGGGGCUUUGACAUAUCCUUGUUCUACAGAGAUAUUAUCAGCAUAGCAGAGGAUGAGGACAUAGGGGUUCACUUUGAGGAGUCGAGCAAGCUCGAAGACCUGUUGAGGAAGGUUCGCGCCAAGGAGAACAGGAAGCGCGUGCUCUACAGGUUGAAGCUUAAGCUCACCAAAGAUGUAGUGCUCACUGUCGGCAUUUAUAAUUUGGUCCAGAAGGCUUUCAGACCUCUUCCAGUGAGGCUUUAUCGGGAAACAAAUGAACCAGUGAAAACCAAGACCCGGACAUUUAAUGUAAAUACAGGCAGUUUGCUUUUGCCUAGCGACACCAAGAGGGCUCAGACCUAUGGGGAACGUCAGAUUGUCUUAGAGAAAGAAGAAACGGAAGAGCUUAAACGGUUUGAUGAACCAGGUUUGAUUCUCAUCGGUUUCAAGCCCCUGGUAAUGCUGAAGAAGCACCAUUACCUGAGGCCUUCCCUGUUCGUGUACCCCGAGGAGUCCCUGGUAAAUGGGAGCUCAACUCUGUUCAGUGCUCUACUCACCAAGUGUCUGGAGAAGGAGGUCAUGGCAGUGUGCAGAUACACACCCCGGCAGAACACCCCCCCUUGUUUUGUGGCCUUGAUGCCACAGGAAGAGGUACUGGAUGACCAGAAAAUUCAGGUGACUCCCCCAGGCUUCCAGCUCAUUUUCUUGCCCUUUGCUGAUGACAGACGGAAGGUACCCUUUACUGAAAAAGUCAUGGCAAACCCAGAGCAGGUAGACAAGAUGAAGGCUAUUGUUCAGAAGCUCCGCUUCAAAUACAGAAGUGACAGCUUUGAGAACCCAGUGCUGCAGCAGCACUUCAGGAACCUGGAGGCCUUGGCUUUGGAUUUGAUGGAGCCUGAACAGGCAGUGGACCUGACAUUGCCCAAGGUUGAAGCAAUGGAUAAAAGACUGGGCUCCCUGGUGGAUGAGUUUAAGGAACUUGUGUACCCACCAGGUUACAGUCCUGAGGAGCAAGUUCCCAAGCGAAAACAAGAUGAUGAAAGUUCUGGAAGCAAAAGGCCUAAGGUGGUGGUAUCUGAAGAGGAGCUGAGGGCCCAUGUCAGCAGGGGCACGCUGGGUAAGCUCACUGUGCCCACACUGAAGGAAGCCUGCAGGGUGCACGGGCUGAAGGGUGGGCUGAAGAAGCAAGAGCUGCUGGAUGCGCUCACCCGGCACUUCCAGGACUGACCGGAGACCAUGCAGCCAGUCACCGUUUCACAUGUGAGCCAGGCUGCCUGGUUUUGUUUUUAUAAAGUUAAAACAUCUUUCUCCUGAGCCAGGACGAGUCUGCCUGACAGAAGCCAAGGACCUUACGUUUAUGAGACUUUCUGUUGCCAUGGAGUGUGUACCCCUCCCACUUUGCCGUGCCUUACUCUACUGUCUGAAUAAAGAGCCCUAACUUUGUACUA